AUGUAUGACACCUGUCAGAGGGCCCCUGGGGGAAAUGCCACCCCUGGGAGGGCCUUUAGGGGCUCCGGCGCUUCUGGGAAAACCCCUGGCGGCUCAACCGGCCCUGGGCGGGUCCCUGGGGGCGGCACCGGCCCUGGGAUGACGCUUCGGGGCGCUGUCGCCCAAGGGAGGACCCUUGGGGUCGUUGCCGCCUCUUGGAGGGCCCCCGUCACUCCUGGGAGGGCCCUUGUGGAUUAUGACGCCCCUGGGAGGGACCCUGACGGCUCUGCCACCCCUGGGAGGGCCCUUGUGGGCGCCAGGGCCCCUGGAAAAGACCGUGAAAGGGAACCUGGGGUCGUUGCCAACCCUGUGGGGCUCCUGGAGGCUCCGCCACCCCUGGAAGGGCCCCUGCGGGCGCCGUCUCCCCUAGGAGGGCCCCUUGGGGCGCUGCCACCUUUGGAAGGGUCCCUGUUGUUGCCCCCGUCCCUAGGGCCCCUGGGAGAGGUACCACCCCUAGGAGGACGUUUGGGGUCGCUGUCGCCCAAGGGAGGGCCCUUGGAGUCGUUACCGCCUCUUGGAAGGCCCCCGUCACUACUAGGAGGGCCCCUGUGGAUUACCACGCCCCUGGAAGGGACCCUAACGGCUCCGCCACCCCUGGGAGGGCCCUUGUGGGCGCCGGGGCCCCUGGAAAAGCCCCUGAAGGGGAAGCCUGGGGUAGUGGCCAACCCUGUGGAGCUCCUGGAGGCCCCGCCACCCCUGGAAGGGCCCCUGCGUGCGCCGCCUCCCCUAGGAGGGCCCCUUGGGGCGCUGCCACCUUUGGAAGGGUCCCUGUUGUUGCCCCCGUCCCUGCAAGGGCCCCUGGGGAUGCUGCCACACAUGGGAGGUACACUGGGACCGCCACCAGCUCUGAAAAGUCCCCUGGGCGCCAAUGGGAGGGACCCUGUGUACAUCAAUACCCCUCGGGGGCCCCUAGCGGCGCUGCAACUGAUAUGGCAAAUGGGAGGGCCCCAGCUAGCACUGUCCUUUUAG